AUUGCUUUUACUACUCUUUAUCUUGUUGGAAAUCUAUCAUACAAUGAGAAAUCAGGUUAUUGCACUUUAUUAUCUUCUGGUUAUACACUUGAAGAGUCCGGUACCAGAAAUUCUCUGGAAUUCAGACUCUACUUUGCAUAUGAUAAUGAGUUCAUAUCUCCUGUACAUGACAUUCCUAUAUACCACAAUGAGAGCAGGAGCAUAUACAAUAUGGUCGUGGAAAUACCUCGUUGGAGCAAUGCCAAAAUGGAGAUGAACAUGGUUGAACCAUUGAAUCCAAUAAAGCAAGAUGUGAAGAACAAUGACCUCAGGUUUGUUCAUAAUUUAUAUCCAUAUCAUGGUUAUCCUUGGAACUAUGGAGCGUUACCACAGACAUGGGAAAAUCCUUUAGGUGAUAAUUCAUUGAAGGGGGAUAAUGAUCCUAUUGAUGUCAUAGAAAUAGGUCGCAAGAAACAUAAAGUGGGAGAUAUCAUACAAGUAAAAGUUUUGGGUGCUCUGGGCCUAGUAGAUGAAGGUGAAAUGGAUUGGAAAGUGAUUGCAAUCGACAUCACAGAUCCUCUUGCAAAUGAACUUGGAGAUGUUGCAGAUCUCUCCAAAUUAGGGAACGUUAUACCAACUUAUUUCGAGUGGUUCAAAUACUACAAAUAUGCUGACAAUGGUAAAAUCAAUCGUUUUCUGAGCAAUGAACUUUUUAAUCGGACUGAAACUUUGAAAGUUAUUGAUGAAGCUCACAAUCAUUGGAAAAGCUUAAUCUCCAAGAAGGGUGACAUCAACAAUAGAAAUUGUUUUCACACUAUCAGAAAGCCAGAAACUUAUAAUCCGUGUUUGAUGAGUAGCAGUGAGGCAAGAACUAUCGUUAUGAAUGAGAAGUUGCAGUCACCACUACUCAGAACCGGUUACCACGAAGCAGUAGGCCUACAUUCAGAAGUUAAUGAUUUAUUCUACGUGAAGGAAAGAUGAAGAUGAAUCACCUACGUAGCCUACUACAAAAUGCAGCUGUCAAGAUUUUGUUCAUUUAUACAGUGGUCAAUAGGCUACAUCAUAAAUUUUAACCAAAUUUAUAUUUUAAUUCUGCUGAAAUCCAAUCUAUGAUCGAGCUCAUAUAAUUUGUAUCAAUACAAUCAUGUCAUUUUUAUGUAUUCAAUAAAUUUUAACUCUUAAUACAAA